AUGCCAUCACAGCUUACAAAGUCUGAUCCCAUAAUAAUCGUCGGUGCCGGUGUCUCUGGUCUUUCAACGGCCUAUUCACUUCUCAGGAAAGGCUUCAAAAAUGUUCAUAUCUUUGAUAAGAGGGACUAUAUCACAAAGGGCUAUAGUUAUUUUGAAGGAUGUGAUAGUCCUUCUUCCGAUAUGAAUAAAAUAUUCAGGGCCGCUUAUGGAGAGCAAACGCACUACCAGAAAAUGUCACUUGACAGCCGAGAGGUAUUCCUAAGAUGGAACCAGAUGAUAAAAGAAACAAAUUUCGAGGGUGGCAAACCGAUCUAUUUGAAUACAGGAAAUAUUCACUUGACUGAUCAGCAGAAAUUACCUAUUUUUGAAGAGACAACGUUGAAAAAUAUGAGCAACCUUCAGGCUAUUUGUGUCUCGGACCCCGAUGCUGAGAUAAGAGCGCAAAAGUCUGGCCUUCCAGCGUCAGCUGUUGAUCCAUUUGAAAUGAAAAAGCGGGCGAAACAUCACCAAGGUGUUCUUGACACAACUGGUGGGAUGAUCAUUGCUGAUAAGUGUUGUAGAUGGGUGCUACACCUCUGUAGAACCGAGUUUCCAAACACGUUUCACUACCACUUUGGACCCAAGAUUGGGGAAACUGACCAUUUGCUUCUCGAAUACUCUAAGAAGACCGGCAAGAAGAGAUGCGUAGGCAUCAAAACAAAAGAUGGGAAGUUACACUUUGCAAAACUAGUCAUUACGGCGUGUGGACCAUGGACUGUUGAAGUCCCAGAGGCAGCUGAGAGACUCGAAGCAACCGGCGGGACCGUUGCUCUUAUCAAAGUUACGGAUCCGAAAGCUCUAAAAAAAUAUCACGAAGACGUAUUUCCAACUUGGACCUACAAGGUUAGAGACGGCGCUAUGGGAGGACUAUAUGGUUUUCCGAUAAAGCAUGGCUACAUGAAAAUUGGUUAUCGUGGGUUGAAAUGGACUAACCCCCAGCCUAAAGUAAAUUCUAAGGUGAAGACUGCCUUUAGUGAUGACCCAGAAACAAAUGUUCCCAUCUUUGGUCUUAACUUGAUUAAACAAUUUAUCAAAGAGCACGUACCAGAAGUUAGCAAGAUAGACAAAACGAGAUUGUGCUGGUACUCUGAUUCGGAAGAUAACGACUUUUUGAUAUCUUAUUCUCCUCAUUACGAGGAUAAAUCGCUCUUCACCAUUGCGGGUGACUCAGGACACGCCUUUAUGAUGUUUGGCAGCAUUGGCGAUGUGAUCGUUGACAUCAUUCUGGAUAACAAGGGUGACACUUUUUUGAAGCACUUAUUCUCGUGGGAAAGGAAGAGAGAAAAGCUAAAUGCAAUCAAUAUGGGCCUCGAAGAUCCUCGCGCGCUACCAAACCUAGUAAUGGCUACCGAAAAUGACUGGGUCAUUAGAGAAGUUGCCAAAUUAUGA